GCUGCCAGCCUUCACGGGCCCUAUCGUUGGUGACAGGAAGAAGAACCCUCACUUCCUCUUGGGGCGCCUGAGGAAGGGGAGAGACUUUCCUUUCGGCUGCCGCUCCUCAGGGCAGGCGACUGAGGAAUCUUCUAGGCCCGAGCGCAAGUCAAGGGAUCCGCAUCUCCUGAUCCUGUUUCUAGGCCUGCCUCCUGUGCCUGACCGAGGUGCCAUCAUGCCUCGGAGACACAAGAGUAAGUUCAAGGCUCAUGAGAGACGCCGCCAGGCUAAAGGUGAAGCUCAGGGUUGCGAAGAUGCUCAGGCCGAUGCUCAGGCCAAAGCAGCAGCGGAAGCGGAGUCCACUCCCUCCUCCGCUGCUCAGUGCGAAGAUACUACCCAGAGUGUGCCCACUACUGGGUCAAGUGGCGCUUCUCAGCGGCGUAGAAGAAGAGCAAGAGCCGCCGCCGCCGCCGCCGCCGCCGCCGCCGCCGCCACUUCUGCAGCCGUUCCUGGCCCUAAAUCUGAUGAAGAAUCCAACAACCAAGAUGAGGAAAGGGUGAGCCCCUACGAGGCCCCAUUCUACGUUGAACGCCCAGGCGAAGAUUCUCUGAGCAGGAAGCCUGGCUUGCUGGAGCAGUACCUUCUGUACAAGUAUAAGAUGAAACAGCCCAUUCUGAAGGAAGACAUGCUGAAGAUUAUCGGCCCAAAUUAUGAAGAGCGUUUUCCUGAGAUCCUUAAGAAAGCGGCUGAGCGCAUUGAGAUUGUCUUCGCCGUCGACCUACAGGAAAUCGACUCGACUAGAUACGACCUCGUCAGCAAACUCAAACUCCCCAACAACGGGAGGGUGCGUGCUGGCAGGGGGUUACCCAAGACCGGUCUCCUGAUGAAUAUCCUGGGAAUGAUCUUCAUGAAAGGCAACUGUGCUGCUGAGGAAGACAUCUGGAAAUUCCUGGGUCUGAUGCGAGUAUAUCCUGGGAGGAAGCACUUCAUCUACGGGGAGCCCAGGAAGCUCAUCACCAAAGAUUUGGUGAGGCUGCAGUAUCUCGAGUACCGCCAGGUGGCCAACAGUGAUCCUCCACGCCAUGAGUUCCUGUGGGGCCCAAACGCCCUAGCUGAAACCACCAAGAUGAAAGUCCUGCAGUUCUUGUCGAAGGUCAACGAUACCAUCCCCACUGCUUUCCCGUCCUAUUAUGAAGAGGCUCUGCGGGAAGAGGAAGAGAGAGCCCAGGCCAGAGGCGCGACCGGGGGUGGCCCUACCGCCAGAGUCCUCAUACCUUCCAGCGUCAUGGCCAGGAGUAUCUUCCCACCUCUGCUGAGACCCGAGGGUUCUAAUCCUCGUGACAAGAUAAUACAACGUCGCAGUAAGAAUUAGAUUAUUAGCAAUGUGAAAGAAUCUCACAGUAAAAUAGUAAGGAUGAGAGAAUAGAAAAAAAAAAUUUAAACAUGGUCAAUCCAGGUUUUUUUUGUUCCUUUUAGGCGUUAGUUUUACACAAGUUACUAUGUUUUAGUUUUAAAUGAUUUAGACUUCAAGUUUGCUCAAUAAAGAUAAAUUACAUCUUAAUUCAUACUUCAAGUUUGUUCAAUAAAGAUAAAUUAAAUCUUAAA